AUGAGACUCGUCUCUCUGAGUCUCAUGGGAUCCUCCCUCCUCACGGGGCCCGCCCUCGCGACGGUCCCCAUACUCACCGAGGUCUCUCUCAAGGGCUGUGCCGACGUGUCCUGUCCGGCCGGGGCCGUCGACGACCUCGUCGGCGAGUCCAACUGCACCCUCGGAGGCUCAGUCCUGCGACGCGUUGGCAUCGCCCCUGAGGUCCUCGACAUCCCCAUCGACGACAGCAACACCACGGACAUCCGCAAACUGUCCAUCACCGUCGCCACCGUCGCCAACACUGCCUCCCAGAGCUCCCCCAACUGGAUGAAGAAGCAGCUCUACACCCAGUCAUAUUACCUCGGUGCCCCCUCCGGGCUGAACCUCUCCUCGGAGCGAUACCCCAAGGGGUGCGCCCUCAUCUUCCAGCACCUGUUCCAGACGCUGCCCAUCGCCCACGAGGUGCCCGACCUCGACACAACGGACUGCAGCCCGUGGCUGCAGCAGUCGUGCAUGGACGAGAUCACGGGCUACGUGGACGACUUCCGCGCCGACCACGCCAAGAACGAGACCCUGCCGCGGUGCCAGGAGCUGGCCAUGUACUUGGAGGAGCGCACGCGCAAGGACAAGAACUUCCACUGCAACCUCAUCGCCGGCGCCGUGAACAUCACCGGCGCCGAAACCAUCGGGCCCGACGCCCCGACGGAGCUGGCGCAAAAUGCCGGCGACAACAACGACUGCCACCCGACGCUGCCGCACUCCUACGACAUGCUAAAGCUGACGGACGUCGAGCUCAUCCUAGACGAGGAGGGGAGCACGACGAAGCCUACGGGCGGGUUGAAUGGCUACACGCCCGUGAUGAGCGUGCUGUUUGACAAGCUGCUCUACUCGCAGUGGAUCUGCAUGAAGACGAUGAGCGAGUUCGACAGGGAGAACUCGAGUGCGAGGACGAGCACACCGGCGUUGGCCGGUCUGGUGAUGGGGUUGGCGACCCUGCUGGCUAUUCUGAUGCUGUAA